GACGAACGCACUAGGUCCCCAGAGGAGGAAGCCGCCGGGCAGAGGCGCAGAGUGCCCGGGAGGAGGCUACUGGCGAAGCCCGGAAGCCGUCCCGGAUCCACCCUGCGGCUGCCGCGCGACCCCGGACUUGCGCAGUAGCGUCCGCGGCGGUGGCGGCGGCGGCGGCGGCGGCAGCACGGGCCGCGGCGGCGAGGUCCGCGGCGUCCCCCAGCCGGAAGGUCCGGCAGCCUCAGGCCGCCUGAGGCCUCCCGCGUCAUGUCGGCCCAGGGCGACUGCGAGUUCCUGGUGCAGCGAGCCCGCGAGCUGGUGCAGCAGGACCUGUGGGCCGCCAAGGCUUGGCUGAUCACGGCCCGCAGCCUCUACCCCGCAGACUUCAACAUCCAGUAUGAGAUGUACACCAUCGAGCGGAACGCGGAGCGGACGGCCACCGCCGGGAGGCUGCUCUACGACAUGUUUGUGAAUUUCCCAGAUCAGCCCGUGGUGUGGAGAGAAAUCAGCAUUAUUACAUCAGCAUUAAGAAACGAUUCACAGGAUAAACAAACCCAAUUUUUAAGAAGUUUAUUUGAAACUCUUCCUGGUCGGGUCCAGUGUGAAAUGUUACUAAAGGUUACGGAACAAUGCUUCAACACUUUGGAACGAUCAGAAAUGUUGCUUCUACUUUUGAGACGAUUCCCUGAAACGGUGGUACAGCAUGGGGUUGGCCUUGGGGAGGCACUGUUGGAGGCUGAAACUAUUGAAGAGCAAGAAUCUCCUGUUAACUGCUUUAGAAAAUUAUUUGUGUGUGAUGUCCUUCCUCUAAUAAUUAACAACCAUGAUGUUCGGUUGCCCGCCAAUUUGUUGUAUAAGUACUUGAACAAAGCAGCUGAAUUUUAUAUCAAUUACGUCACUAGGUCUACUCAAAUAGAGAGUCAGCAUCAAGGUACCCAGGAAACGUCUGAUUUAAUGUCACCGAGCAAACGUAGCUCUCAGAAGUACAUAAUAGAGGGGCUGACUGAAAAAUCAUCCCAGAUCGUGGACCCUUGGGAGAGGUUGUUUAAGAUUUUGAAUGUUGUUGGAAUGAGAUGUGACUGGCAGAUGGAUAAAGGAAGACGAAGCUAUGGUGAUAUUUUGCAUAGAAUGAAGGAUCUCUGCAGAUACAUGAACAACUUUGAUAACGAAGCUCAUGCAAAAUAUAAAAACCAAGUGGUUUAUUCCACUAUGUUGGUCUUCUUUAAGAAUGCAUUUCAGUAUGUCAACAGCAUACAGCCGUCUCUAUUCCAAGGUCCUAAUGCCCCUAGCCAAGUUCCACUGGUUCUUCUGGAGGACAUAUCAAAUGUAUACGGUGAUGUAGAGAUCGAUCGCAAUAAACACAUACAUAAAAAGAGGAAACUAGCUGAGGGAAGAGAAAAAACCAUGAGUACAAGCUCCACGGGGCCAGUGGCAGUGUCUGGGCAUCCAUCUGAACGGUGCCUGCGCCCCAGCAGGCCUUCGAGUUCAGACGAUGAAGACUGUUCAGCAAAAGGAAGGAAUCGUCACAUUGUUGUCAAUAAGGCAGAACUUGCUAACUCCAUCGAGGUGUUGGAAAGCUUUAAGCUGGCCAGAGAGAGCUGGGAGCUGCUCUAUUCCCUGGAAUUCCUUGACAAGGAAUUUACAAGAAUUUGUUUGGCGUGGAAGACGGAUACUUGGCUUUGGUUGAGAAUCUUCCUCAACGAUGUGAUCAUCUAUCAGGGUCAAUAUAAAAAGGCCAUAGCCAGCCUGCACCACUUGGCCGCUCUCCAGGGACCGCUUCCUCAGCCACAGAUCUCGGGACAGGGGACCUUGGAGCAUCAGAGGGCGCUCAUCCAGCUGGCGACCUGCCACUUUGCCUUGGGGGAGUACAGAAUGACGUGUGAGAAAGUCCUUGAUUUGAUGUGCUACAUGGUCCUCCCCAUCCAGGAUGGAGGCAAGUCACAGGAAGAACCCUCAAAAAUAAAGCCCAAGUUUAGAAAAGGUUCAGAUCUGAAGCUGCUGCCUUGUACCAGCAAGGCUAUCAUGCCCUAUUGCCUGCAUUUAAUGUUAGCUUGUUUUAAGCUGAGAGCCUUCACAGACAGCAGAGACGACCUGGCGCUGGGGCACGUGAUCGUGCUGCUUCAGCAGGAGUGGCCGCGGGGAGAGACCCUUUUCUUGAAAGCCGUCAAUAAGAUUUGCCAGCAAGGAAACUUCCAAUAUGAGAAUUUUUUCAAUUAUGUUACAAAUAUCGACAUGCUGGAGGAGUUCGCCUACCUGAGAACUCAGGAAGGUGGGAAGAUCCAUCUGGAACUCCUGCCCAAUCAAGGGAUGCUGAUCAAGCCUUCUAGCCCUCCCAUGGGGUUACUGCAGCAGGAAUUCUUACCUGUGCUUCAGCCCAGCAUACAGACUGCUGACAGGCACCACACGGUCACCCGGGGCAUCACCAAGGGCGUGAAGGAGGACUUCCGCCUGGCCAUGGAGCGCCAGGUGUCCCGCUGUGGGGAGAACUUGACGCUGGUGCUGCACAGGUUCUGCGUCAACGAGAAGAUCUUGCUGCUCCAGACUCUGGCCUGACCGGCCCUCCUGCCAGAGGCAGCCCACAGCCGCGGGGCUCUGGGGAGACAUAAAGCGCAGAUGAGCGUUGCCGUCAUCGCUCUUCAAAAGAGGAAGACCAUCAGGGUUUUAACUCAUUGGUUGCUUAGAAGUAGUUCCCAACAGUCCAAGAAGCUAUUUCUAUUUUUGUCGUAUUUUGUAAUUUUUGUAAAACAAAAGAACCUGUUUUGUAAAUAAAAUCAUCCUAAAUUUG